AGUAUAUAUUUUCAUGAAAGCUACACUCUUUUCACUCCACACAAAAUCCAUUUUCUUCAAGUAUCAACCAUGGGGGGUGAAAAGACCGCUAUCAUGGUACUCAAGGUUGAUCUUCAAUGUUCAAACUGCUACAAAAAGGUCAAAAAAAUUCUCUGUAAAUUCCCUCAAAUUAGAGACCAAGUAUAUGAUGAGAAGGGCAAUACAGUCACAAUCACUGCGGUUUGUUGUAAUCCUGAAAAACUUCGUGACAAAUUGUGUAGUAAAGGAUGUGGAGUAAUAAAAAGCAUUGAAAUCAAAGACCCCGAAAAGUCUAUAGGGCCCAUAAAAUCUAAUGGUGUCAUCAUUAAAGAGCCUACAAAGCCCAUAAAACCUAAUGUUGUCAUCAUUGAAAAGCCUGAGGUUGUUAUCAUUGAAAAACCUAAAGAGCUCAAAAAGCCUGAAGAAGUUCCUGAACCUAAACUAGUUGCUCUCGUAAUGCCAAUGCUAAUUCAAGAAUACCCACAACCGCCACACAUAUAUUGUUGUGGACAAUGCCACGAAGGCCAAACCAGGGGCCCAUGUUAUCAAUGGUAUGGAAGAUUGGUCCCUCCGCCCCCAGGAUAUUGUUGUGGACAAUGCCACGAAGGCCAAACUGGGGGCCCAUGUUAUCAAGGGUGUGGAAGACAGCCUAGGCCUGGGCCUUAUGGCUAUGGUAGGGGCUGUUAUGUGAGCAGAUGUGAUCAGUACUUGAAUGAUGAAAAUGCUAAUGGUUGCUCAAUUACGUAAGGUGGCCCAAUUGUUAUGGUUCAAUGUCUGGGCUCAUCAAUGUGGGCUUCUAUUAAUGUGGUUGUC